AUGGUUCUCCUUCCCAUGAGAAAGAACAAACUACAAGCUGCCUGGGAUGGGCCCUUUAAGGUCAUCAAGCAGCUGAAUGAGGUGAACUAUUUAGUGGAACUGUCUAACCGGGCUCACAGCCACCAGGUGUGCCAUGUCAACAUGAUGACAUUCUCCCUGCCUUACUUUGACAGGGAGAAUUUGGUACUGACUGUGUGUGGCCAGUGGGAGGAGCAGGUAGAUGAUCCCCUGGUGAAUCUAUUCCCUGAGACGGGGGCCGGCCCUUCGCUGGAAUCAAUUCCCCUCUCUGGCCUGCUAACCCCUGCCAAGCACGCAGAGAUCCGAGAGAUGCUGGGUUCCUACCAGCAGCUGUUCUUCAACCAGCCUGGGCUCACUAACCUGGCUGUCCACCAGGUGGAGAAAGGAGCCCACUCUCCUGUAGAACUCAACUACACACAAUAUCCGGACUAUCUAUUUGAAUAUGAUCAAAUUACACCAGCAUGUGACAAGGGGGAAGUCAGAAACUUCACAAAAGUAUUUUUGCCAAUUGCAUACUCAAUUAUAUGUGUCCUGGGCUUAGUGGGUAACAUCUUUGUAGUAAUGACCUUUGCUUUACAUAAAAAACCUAAGUGUAUGACAGAUAUAUACCUCUUCAACAUAGCCAUAGCAGACAUAUUGUUUGUUCUCACUCUUCCAUUUUGGGCAGUGAAUUAUGCUGCUGAAAAAUGGGUCUUUGGUGACUUCAUAUGCAAAAUUACCAGAGGUAUUUAUGCAAUCAACUUCAAUUGUGGUAUGCUGCUCUUGGCCUUUAUCAGUAUGGACCGAUACAUUGCUAUUGUACAGGCAACAAAGUCAUUUAAACUUCGGGCUCGAACGCUAGCAUACAGUAGACUGAUCUGUUUGGUUGUAUGGGUAUUGUCAAUUUUAAUUUCCAGUUCCACUUUCUUAUUCAGUCAAAGCUACAGCCACUCCGUCAAUGAAACAGAACAGAUUUGUGAACACAGAUCCAAUACCGAGACAAAAGGCACUACUUUGAAAUUAUUGCUGCUGGGUAUGCAACUUCUAUUUGGAUUUUUUAUCCCUCUGCUGUUUAUGGUAUUUUGCUAUGCAUUCAUUGUCAAAAGCUUGGUGAAAGCUCAGAAUUCCAAAAGAAACAAAGCAAUAUGUCUGCUUGUAUUAAUUGUUGCUGUUUUCCUGGUUUGUCAGGUACCACAUAACAUGGUUCUUCUUGUGACUGCCAUAAAUAUGGGUAAAUUGAAUAAACUUUGUGAUAGUGAAAAGCAAAUAGCCUUUGCAAAGUACAUUACAGAAGUCCUGGCCUUCUUCCAUUGUUGUUUGAACCCAGUGCUCUACGCUUUUAUUGGGGUCAAAUUUAGAAGUUACUUUCCGAAUAUGAUGAACGAUCUGUGGUGCUUGAGAAACAAGAAAUACAAGACCAAGAGUUCAAGGACAAGUUCUGAUACCUAUCACUCAAGGCAGACAAGUGAAAUUAUGAGUGACAAUGUGUCAUCCUUUACUAUGUAA